ACGGGCAAGGGCCGCCAUUUUGACUGAGCAACCAUAGUGACAGGAGCCGAAGCUGCAGCGCUGGUUGUCCCCGUCUCCCCUCCCCCUUCCCUUCUCCGGUUGAAUUCCCGGGCCCCCUACACUCCACCGUCCCGGCCCUGCCAUGUCCCAGAAACAAGAAGAAGAGAACCCUGCGGAGGAAACCGGAGAGGAAAAGCAGGACACACAGGAAAAAGAAGGUAUUCUUCCCGAGAGGGCUGAGGAGGCAAAGCUAAAGGCCAAAUACCCAAGCCUAGGACAAAAGCCUGGAGGCUCUGACUUCCUGAUGAAGAGACUCCAGAAAGGGCAAAAAUACUUUGACUCAGGAGACUACAACAUGGCCAAAGCCAAGAUGAAGAAUAAACAGCUGCCAAGUGCAGGACCAGACAAGAACCUGGUGACUGGUGACCACAUCCCUACCCCGCAGGAUCUACCCCAGAGAAAGUCCUCACUCGUCACCAGCAAGCUUGCGGGUGGCCAAGUUGAAUGAUGCUGCCGGGGGCUCUGCCAGAUCCUGAGAUGCCGCCCCUGGGUCCUGUGCUGGCUCCUCCCCUCCCUGCUUUUGCAGCCGGGGGUCGGGUGGUGGCUUGGGAAUGGGCUGGAGAGGCAGAAGCCCCUGCCCGCUGGUGUCCUAGCGCAUGGAGCCCCUUAGCCUGAGCACCAAGGCCUUGACCUUUCUUUGUUUCACCUUUUUUUCCAAAUAACUGUUGGGAGAAAUCUCAAUGAAGUCCUGUGGGUGUGGUGGAGAGGGUGGGGUGGAGAGUCGGUGGAUAUGAAUUUGAAUUUAGAGUUCAUAAAAAAGCAUUCCUGACUGUC